AAAAAAAUAGUCCUUUUUAGUAACCGAUAGGAAAUUGUCGUGACAACAGCAUAAAAUUGUAAGCUACAAUGGUGUCAACAAUGGAUAGUUCAGAAAAUCCAUUGCCUCGUUUAAACAAGUGUUGCUUUGUGUUUGACUUGAGGUGUGGUGUUUUAAUUUUCGUCUCAUUUGAAACUUUAUUCUGGGCCGUUUUAACAUUCGCGUCAAUCUACAGUGAAGUUAAGUACAUCAUUAAUGUUGAUAUUGCCGAGUUCAGUGAUGUAUUGGAUAAUGAUUGGUAUUACUUCGUCCUUUUUGGAUAUCCUCGGGAAUUAAUUGAUGAGUGGGUUCGAACUUACCUUAUCGUUGGCAAUUUAUUCUUGGCGUUAAUCUUUCUUCUAUAUCUGGUAUUUACACUGAUGCUCGUAAUUGGAAUAACGAAGAACUCACGUCGUCUAUUUUUGCCAUACCUUAUUUGUGACAUUUUCUUGCUUACAUUUGCCCUUCCAUUUGGAUUCAUCGGAAUCUUCUUCAAACUCCAAAUUGCUAAAAUCUGCAUCAUUUUCUUCUUCAUUAAGUUCUACUUUGCUGUAUCUGUCUACUCUCUGUUCAAGGACUACGCUGGAAAACGUUCAAGUGAGCAUGUUUCAAUUCAUAGCUCAUUAAGUCAACAUCAUCAAUUGGAACCGAUUGAUUCAAGCCCAGUUCAUACCAAUCCAGGACUUGGUGAAGCGCCACUGGCUGUGGCUGUUUAAGUAAGAGGACAGCCACGAAAAUAUUUUUUUAAAAGCUCAGGAAUUUUUGAAUGCUUUAAAGUCAACAACCUUAGUGGAUAGUGUGUGAAAUUCUAGUGAAUAUAGGUCAAUGGGCCUUAAUAGGUAAGAGUCUAGAUAUGGCAGUUCCGACAUCAUAUUGUAAACAAUACCUCAAACAUCUGUAGAACAGUUGACAAAUUAGCAGUCAAUUUAGCAAUAAAGCUAGCCUGUUUCCAUAACAAUCCAAACUAGAUCCAAGUAGAAAAUCUCCUGAAGCACCAA